CAAUUAAUAAAUGUGAAACACAUUUAAAGAAUUGUUCUAAAAUUGAUAAUGAAAGUUAUCAAGCAUAUUUUGGCAACUCAAAAAUAACAUCCUCUCAAGUUGCUUCUCAAUUAAGAUCAAAUACUUCAAAAAAAUUAUUAUAUAGUAUAAAUAUUAAAACUUUUUUUGAUCAUAUUACAACAAAUGAACAAGAU